AUGACCGCGGAGGAGUGUCAGGAUUACUAUCGACUUAACGCAGCUAUGGUUGAGGUGUUUUAUGAAACGCUCAACCAUGAGGUAAUUCAAGAGUCUGAAGCAUAUGGGUUUGUGAACCUUGUCGCUGAUUUUGGUGGACAUCUUGGACUUUGGUUGGGUAGGGACUUCCGCAUGCAUUCCGUAUCCAAGCUAGAUAUUCACGUCAUUUCAUACUGUAUUCAAGAUUUUCGGUGA